CAGGAAUUCUCUGCAGCUGAGUAGGGGGAGGAGUUGUGGCUGUUUCCCUCUAUUGAGAGGGAACAGGGCGGAUACCUGAUCAACUCGUGAUUCUAGACAUGAAGCACGGAGUGGAGGCGAAAAAUUACGAAGAGAUUGCCAAGGUUGAGAAGCUCAAACCUUUAGAGGUGGAGCUCCGACGCUUAGAAGACCUUUCAGAAUCCAUCGUAAAUGAUUUUGCCUACAUGAAGAAGCGAGAGGAGGAGAUGCGAGAUACCAAUGAGUCAACAAACACUCGGGUCCUGUACUUCAGCAUCUUUUCAAUGUUCUGCCUCAUUGGACUAGCCACCUGGCAGGUCUUCUACCUGCGUCGCUUCUUCAAGGCCAAGAAGUUGAUUGAGUAAUAAGGCCCAGUCUCCUCCCACCUUGUAUCUCAGCCAGCUGAACAUCACUGGGACAUGUCUGACCUAAGGCAUCCUACUAACAGCACCAUCAAGGCACAUUGAAGCUUUCUUGCCAGAACUGAUCUCUUUUGGUGUGGGAGGACAGGGGUUACCACCUACACCCAACAAGUCAAUGAGGGACUUCUUUUUAACUUGGUAGCAUUUGGACUGGUUUUGCAACAAUAGGACUAUUAUUAGAGUCACCUAUGACAAAAAAUAGGGGUUACCUAGAUAAUGCCAAAGUCAGCAUUUGUACUGGGUUUCCUCUUGUGAUCUGUUUGAACCAUGUUUUCUUUCCUUUUCCUACUAGCUCACCAGCUUGGGCUUCCACUUUAGUUCCUUUACCAAGGUUUGUAUGACCAUGUUGAACUUGUUUCAUUCUGAUUGUCCUCUUUGGAUUUCUUUGUGAAAACACACUUCACUUUCUCUUGACCCUUAGCUGAAAUGUUUAGGUAGCUUCUGGUAAUAUCCUUUCAUAAAUUUAUGUCUCUUCAAAGGGUGAUAGAUGGGACACCUCAUAGAAAUGAGCAUUGAACUGUAUAUAACUCUUAAAGAGGACUUCAUUUUAUAGAAUUAAAAUAUUUGUGCUCAGCUGCCUGAA